AUGGGUGGAAGAGUUGAUAGAACAGUAAAUCAAGGUGGUGGUCCACCUGUUUAUCGUCUGAAUGGCCAAAACUUUCACUUAAUUGGAAGCUUGCAACCUGUGGAUGGUGCUACACCAAAGUUUGCACAAUUGUAUAUCCAUGACACGGAAAAUGAAGUUAACAACCGUCUUACAUCAAUAAGGAAUGACAUUGUUAGUUCAUCAAUAGAGAUGGAGGUUGUUAAUGAUAUAAAGGCAGCUUUAGACGAGCAUAAUGUUUUGGUUAAGUCGUUUCGAAUGGCCAGAAGUGAGAUUCAAAAAAAUCCUAGAACUAAAAUAAGGAUGAGACUAAUAGAAAAGAGGUCCAAAGAUGCAAGGACAUAUAAUCUACCUACAGUCUCCGAGGUUGCUGCAUUGAUUGUUGGCGAUUUAGACCCGGACAUGGGUAUGCGAGACAUUAUAGUUGAGUGUAAGUCAGGAUUGCUUAAGAGGAUUAAUGAGCUCAACCCUGCGUACUUACCAUUGCAAUAUCCUUUAUUGUUUCCUUUUGGAGAAGAUGGAUAUAGGGAUGAUAUACAAUUUUGUACAAAUACUAACGAAGUGGGUGGUAGCAGGGAACGUAUAUCCCCAAGAGAGUAUUUUCCUUUUAAAAUACAUGAAAGGCGAAGUCAACUUUCAACCUUAUUGCAUGCAAGGAGACUGUUACAACAAUUUUUAGUUGAUGGGUACACAAUGGUGGAAGCAGGUCGUCUACUAUUCAUCCGUAACAAUCAAAAGGCAUUGCGUUGUGAAGUGUACAAAGGUUUGUCUGAUGCAUUGUAUAGAGGAGAUAUAGCCCCUUCAACACAAGGGUAUCCAAGCUUAUUCAUUACAUUCACAUGUAACCCAAAGUGGCCGGAAAUCCAACGAUAUGUUCAACUAAGAGGUUUGAGAGCCGAGGAUAGACCAGAUAUUGUGGCACGAAUUUUCAAAAUGAAGCUUGAUUCAUUAAUUAAAGAAUUCAAGGCUGGGCAAUUAUUUGGUCCGAAAUGGGGAUUACCUCAUGCUCAUAUACUUCUUUUUCUUGGUUUGAACACAAGUAUUCCAUGUCAAACUACAGUUGACUCAAUAAUCUCCGCUGAAAUCCCGAGCAAAGAAUUAGAUCCCGAGUACCAUCAAGCAGUCGAGGAGUUAAUGUUACAUGGUCCUUGUGGUGUUGCUAGAAAGACAUCUCCAUGCAUGGUAAAUGGAUGGUGUUCUAAACAUUUUCCCAAAAAAUUUGUGAAAAACUCAAAUUUUGAUGCAGAUGGUUACCCAAUAUAUAGAAGACGGGAUGAUGGGAAAACAAUUACCAAGAAUGGUAUUCAUUUGGAUAACAGAUAUAUGGGAAAUGAUCGCGUCACUGCUGAAUUUUAUAAAACAACAUCAAAUGCAGAUGGUGUACAAUUAGUGGAUGAGAUCAACAUGUACUAUAAUUGUAGAUACGUUUCUGCAUCUGAGGCUACUUGGCGUCUACUAAGUUUUGAGAUUCAAUGUAGAAAUCCGCUAGUUGAGAGGCUUAGUUUCCAUUUACCAGAUAGCCAAACGGUCUUCUUUCAGGAUGAUGAAGAUGUUGAGACAGUAUUGAACAAAGAAACUUUGGGGCAAAGCAUGUCCAAGAAGCUAAAUUGCUAA